AUGGCCCCCAAAAAGCCAGAGCCCAAGAAGGAUGAUGCCAAGGCUGCUGCCCCCAAAGCAGCUCCAGCCCCUGCAGCUGCACCUGCGGCUGCACCUGAGCCCGAGCGCCCCAAGGAAGCAGAGUUUGAUGCUUCCAAGAUUAAGAUCGAGUUCACGCCUGAACAGAUUGAAGAAUUCAAGGAAGCCUUCCUACUGUUUGACCGCACACCCAAGGGCGAAAUGAAGAUCACGUAUGGCCAGUGUGGGGAUGUCCUGCGGGCUCUGGGUCAGAAUCCUACCCAGGCAGAGGUGCUCCGUGUCCUGGGGAAGCCCAAACAGGAAGACCUCAAUUCCAAGCUGAUGGACUUUGAAACGUUCCUGCCCAUGCUGCAGCACAUUUCCAAGAACAAAGACACUGGCACGUACGAGGACUUUGUGGAGGGACUGCGGGUCUUUGACAAGGAGGGCAACGGCACAGUCAUGGGCGCAGAGCUCCGCCAUGUGCUGGCCACACUGGGUGAGAGACUGACUGAGGAUGAGGUGGAGAAAUUGAUGGCUGGUCAAGAAGACUCCAAUGGCUGCAUCAACUAUGAAGCAUUUGUGAAGCACAUCAUGGCCAGCUGAGCCUCUCACGGGAAGCCCAGGGCAGGCCACGCUGGGGACAUGCCACCACUCAACCGUGAUGCGGACACCAAGUCCGGAGCUUCGGGAAGGAAGGCAGUGGGCCCCAGACCGUGUGUGUGUGCGCGCGGUUGUCUUUUCUGGUCCCUGUUGGGAUGUGCUUGGCGACCUGUGACUGCCUUCUGUCUCCACCCUAUGGCCUUAUGAAUAAAUGAUUUCCUUUCUUC